AUGUCUUCCCAGGAGAAAUUUUUCGAUGACCAGAUAGAAAACCUUUACAAGGCCAUGGAGGAGAAAGAAAGUGAAUAUGAGAAGAGACUGCAGGAGGAGCGUGCAAAGUCUAAAAGGGACGAACUGAUAAAGGCACAUGAGAAGAAGAAGAUGCAGCUCAAGAGAGAGUAUAUGGAGAAGGAGGUGGAGCUCGAGAAAGAGCUCGAUGGCGCUCUCACGGUUCUGAUGGAGAAGAACAAGCCAGACACCUUCAAGGCUUCUAGCUACAGCUCGUGA